GCGGUGGCCUCAUCACUUCGUGUAUGGAAACGCGAUUCCCCUGUAAAUCACGCAGCCCAGAUGGUUUUCAUUAUUGAUAAGAGCCCGACAGGCGCGAUGUCGCAUGUGAAAAGGAGCGAGGAGCGGAGGCUGCCUGCUGACUCCGCCGCGGAAAAGCAGCCAAACGGGGUUUGAGCAAAUGUUUGAGCCGCUCCACGGUUUAGGCCUGCGGACUCAGAACCUCACCGUUAAUUCAGAUUAUAAUUCACAAGGAACGACCAAUCUGUGGAUUAGCAUCAUAAGUUUUGAAUCCAUCUAGAAACCCCAUGGAGCAGGAUGUGGAGAGCCCGGCCAUCAUCAGACCGUCAAAGUUGCCAAAACAGGCCCGUGAGGACCUGCCCAAACAGCUGGCAGACAUAGACGGCGUGAAGAGGAAGAUCCAGCGGUACGUACAGAAAGACGGAAAGUGCAACGUCCACCAUGGGAAUGUCCGAGAGACGUACCGUUACCUGACUGACAUCUUCACCACACUGGUAGACCUCAAGUGGAGGUUCAACCUGUUCAUCUUUGUCUUAGUGUACACGGUCACAUGGCUCUUCUUUGGCUUCAUGUGGUGGCUUAUUGCCUAUCUUCGCGGCGAUUUGGACCAUAUAGCAGACAACCAGUGGACUCCAUGUGUCAAUAACCUCAAUGGAUUUGUAUCUGCUUUUCUAUUCUCCAUAGAGACAGAGACCACCAUUGGUUAUGGUUACCGGGUCAUCACGGACAAAUGCCCGGAGGGGAUAGUUCUGCUGUUAGUUCAGUCAGUGCUGGGCUCUAUUGUAAAUGCCUUCAUGGUGGGCUGCAUGUUUGUUAAGAUCUCUCAGCCCAAGAAGCGAGCUGAGACACUAGUGUUUUCCACCAACGCAGUCAUCUCAAUGAGAGAUGGCCGGCUGUGCCUGAUGUUCAGAGUUGGAGACCUCCGAAACUCACAUAUCGUCGAGGCCUCUAUCAGGGCCAAGCUGAUCAAAUCCAAGCAGACCAAGGAAGGGGAGUUCAUCCCCCUGAACCAGACAGACAUAAACGUUGGUUAUGACACGGGAGAUGACAGGCUCUUCCUGGUGUCGCCGCUCAUCAUCUGUCAUGAGAUUAAUCAGAACAGCCCCUUCUGGGAGAUCUCACAAGCCCACCUGGCCAAAGAAGAGCUGGAGAUUGUUGUCAUCCUUGAGGGAAUGGUAGAAGCUACAGGUAUGACGUGCCAGGCCAGGAGUUCGUACGUUGGCAGCGAGAUCAAGUGGGGCUACCGCUUCACCCCGGUCCUGACACUGGAGGACGGCUUCUACGAGGUGGACUACAACAGCUUCCACGACAUCUACGAGACCAACACACCGAGCUGCAGUGCCAAAGAGCUGGCCGACAUGACCAGCCGCGCCCGCCUGCCCCUCACCUGGUCGCUGGCCAGCAAGCUGAGCCAGCAGGGCCUGCCGGAGUCGGCGCUGGAGGGCCAGGACAAAAAGACGGAGCUGGACACCCAGGAGGAGGGCCAGCAGACUGAGAGGAACGGGGACAUUGCCAACAUAGAGAGCGAGUCCAAAGUGUAGUGGACGCUGAGGAGGAGGGCGAGGAAGGCUCCACGUGAGACGCUCAGCAUGUCUCCCCAACAUGGAUGGCUGCACCAGCUUGUGGGUCCCAGGUCCCAGGUCUAGGUAGAGAGCGGGACCCUGACCAGAGUUAGUAGAGCAAGAAGCCUUGUGCCAACCAACGCAGUCUAACGCAGUCAAUUUACUGUCCCCCCCCCAAAAAAAUAGCAAAAUAGCUAGACUAAUGGGCCGCCGCUGGACUGGAAAACUCUUUGGGGCAACUGCAUGUUAUGGAAAUGAUGUGUUUUCCUCUUGACAAGAUAUUUUUUUUAUUCAUAUAUAUUCCUAGGGGCAUUUGCAUUAGUAUUUUUGUAUAUACUACAAAAUCGUUUUGUUGAAGUGUGAAUAUUUGACAGAUGUUUGAUACAAAUUCAUUUAGGUUAGGUGUGUACAUAUUUUAUGCCUUAUGUAUGAAGCUUUCUUUAUUAGUUUUUCAGAAAUAUAUAAGCAUGUAUAAACAUUAACUGCAGUUAAUUUAUUCUGUAUUGUGUACAUAUGAUAACAAUGUUAGUAGUGACAAGCAAAACAUGAAUCUCAAUGGAUGCAAACUCUAGUUUAAACCAAUGACAUUUACAAAUUCUUCCCCAAAUGGUAAAGGUCUGUCCGAUGUAGUGAUACAUGUAGAACAACUCCUUGAGAAGCCAUGGUUUGCUGUCUAGAGCUUGAUGACUUAAGACAAUGCCCUUUAAAACUGCAUUUUGUCACUUUUGCACAUUGGAGGCCUCUGGUGUUCAGAGGUGGUAGUUGCUAUUUCAGUUUACAGCACCCACAGAUCCCUCACUCGUUCCCUCACCUUGUUAACCACAGUAAAUGGCAUGUGCACAUGUGUUGAAUUCAAGCACCGAAGUGGAGGAAAAAGGUUCAGUGAAGCUAACUUGCUAAACGAAACCCAAACAGCAGGGGUUUACCAACAGUACCUAUAAACAGAACUGACUCAGAUUACAGAAAGGCCUGUGCAUCAUUUGGGAUUGGGAUAACAGGAAUUAGGUUGAUUUAAGUGAAUUUCAGUGCCUCCUGGAAUCUUCUGAGGCCAUGUCCACACUGAGCCGGGUCAAUUUGAAAAAUGUAUCUUUAUUUUCUCCGUUAUAGCCGUCCAUCCAACACUGCAACCCACAAAAACAAAGAAACAAACAAACAAACAAAAAAAAAAUACCCUGAGGUUUCUGAAAGUCGUUUCCAAGGUGUGUAAAUCUGAAAAUGCCAGCCUGAUGUUUUGUGUGGAUGGGAAAAUGGAGCUUUCUUGAAAUGAUGAUGAUGAGUUCUAGCAAACGCUUCCAUGGUCUUCUUCCUCUUCCUCUUCCUUUCUGAUGACUUGCAACCAGCUUUAUAGGCACACACCGCCACCUACUGUACUGGAGUGUGUAUCAUCAUCACAUCUCAACACUUUACAUUUUAUUUUUAUUUAUCAACCCUGUGUUUUUAAUAAAAACUAAGAGGUGCUUUCCUAAUAUUUCCUGCUGUCCCCAGUAAUCCUCCCAGACCCCUCCACGUCCAGCUUCUCUUGCCCUGCUGCACAGUCCUUAUCUGUCUACAUUAUAUUUAAUGGUUGAUUUAAAAGUACAUGACCCACAAUUUCUUUAACUAACUUCAUAUGCCUUUCGUUUCGUUUGCCAUUCCUUUUCCCUAGUUUGAAUAAAGUAAUCUUCAAUCUUGGAUGAUAUUUUUGUUAGUAUCAUUUCUUCUUUCCUACAACUUGGUUUCAUGUCGCUGAUAAUUACACAGUUUUGAAAUAUUGUGAUAUGUGCUUCCCGUCCUGUUGUUUUCCCUUCUCUUUUGCCACAAUUCUAACCCUGAUCUUCUAACUAUUGACUUUCCAUCUCAUCUCUCCUGCUUUGAAGAGAAGGAGUGUUUAUACGUUGCUUGGUUGUAGAUGGGAGGUUGUGGAAGUUGCCUGUACAUGUGCAGCAGGGGGCCUUCUGGUGGCUAAACUGGGGCCCG